AGUCGACGCUCCUCUGCCCACUUUUUGCUGGAGGUGGCCCAGAGUCGAGUCACGUUUGGAAGCGCUGUCCACGAGUUUCUGACAUUUCUCCCUCCGCUGGACUGAUCAGAAAUGGAGCUAUUAGUCCGAUAUCUGGAUAGGAGCAACUCUGUCAGCUCUACCACAACAGCAGACAUUAUCAAAGAGGAAAACCUUAGAGAUGACUUGAAGUUUUAUUUCAUGAGCCCUUGUGAGAAGUAUAGAGCCAGACGCUACUUUCCCUGGAAAAUGGGAGUUCAGAUAUUAAAAAUAAUCAUGAUCACCACACAGCUUGUUCUAUUUGGCCUCAACAAUCAGUUAGUGGUAGCAUACAAAGAGGAGAAUGCCAUGAGCCUCAAAAACUUAUUUCUAAAGGAUUACAGUGGUGUGGACCCAGAUGACUACAGUGUGGCUGUGUACUCGCAGCAAGGAGUCUAUGACAGUCUCUUUUACAUCUUUGAUCAGUACAGCCAGUUGGGACAGUUGUCAGUGGGUCCAAUCAGUUAUGCAGAAGACACUGAUGGAAAGCUGCUUCCAAUAACAGUUUGUAAAGAGAGCUACAGAAGAGGAAGCAUUAAUCCAUCCGAUGAAGCAUUUGACAUAGACGCUCAUCUUGAAGAAGUUUGCUUACAGCAUGAUCCAAGAACUGUAAACCAGUGGAAAACACAAAAUUCCUCCUUUUUUGAGUUAGAUUUUUACAGGCUUAUUGACAUAAAAAUCACUUUCCAACUGAAGGGGAUAAACCUGCAGACAGUUCGCUCAAAGGAGCUACCAGACUGCUAUUCAUUUUAUAUAACAAUAACAUUUGACAACCAGUGUCACAGUGGAAUGGUCAAAGUUUUCUUGGACCUUGACGCUAAGAGCUACGCUUGCAAAGACUGGAAAAUAUCAGGAAUAGCUCACAAGAACACACACUAUCUUCUGGUAUUUGAUGCUUUUGUCAUAUUGGUGUGUAUAACAUCAGCCAUCCUCUGCACCCGCUCCAUUGUGCUGGCGGUUAGGUUGCUCCAGAGGUUUUCCAGAUAUUUAGAUGAGAACUACAAUCGCAAAGUUUGUGAAGAAGACCAGAGUGAGUUUCUCAAUGGCUGGUAUCUGAUGGUCAUUAUCAGUGACGUCUUGACCAUAAUUGGGUCCAUUUUGAAGAUGGAAAUUCAAGCUAAGAGUCUGACCAGUUAUGAUGUGUGCAGCAUUUUUUUGGGUACCUCCACAUUACUGGUCUGGGUUGGUGUUAUUAGAUACCUUGGCUACUUUCAGAAAUACAAUGUGCUUAUUUUAACAAUGAAAGCAGCCUUCCCCAAGGUCCUGCGCUUUUGCUGCUGUGCAGGCAUGAUCUACCUGGGCUACACCUUUUGUGGCUGGAUCGUACUUGGGCCGUACCAUGAAAAGUUUGAGGGGCUGAGUCUUGUGGCAGAGUGCCUCUUUUCCCUGGUGAAUGGGGACGACAUGUUUACAACAUUUGCUCAGCUCAAGGACAAAAACACAUUGGUCUGGGUCUUCAGCAGGGCCUACCUCUACUCCUUCAUCUCCCUGUUUAUCUACAUGGUGCUGUCAUUGUUUAUUGCUCUCAUCACAGAUGCCUAUGAGACUAUCAAGAAAUAUCAAAAAGAUGGCUUCCCACUGACUGACCUGCAGAAGUUUUUGAGAGAGCAGAGAGAGUUUACUGUCCCAGAAGAGAACGAUCAUCAACUAAUAGAUGUCCGACAUCAGUGUUCUGUCCUGUGUUGCUGUAAAAGAGUUCCUGAGAAUGACAGUGUUAUCCUGAUGAGUUGACAGCUGUGCACUUCCUCAAGAGGCAGAUUGUCAAAAGACCAGUGUUUCAGUAUUUGGAGAAAUCCUUAGUUUUUUGUGCAAUAUGUAAUUUAUUGUUUGUGGAUAUCUUUACAUGAAUGCUUUACCUUUCUACAUAUUGGCUUCUCAAACAGGGUUUGAGCAUUUAAAAAGGUGUUAAAUGAAAAUGAAAAUUAAAUAUUUUUUGUUCCUU